AUGUCUACACGUAAAAAUGAACGUGAAAAAAAUGAAAAAAUUCGUCAACUACGUGAAAUAUUAGGUCUUACUGAAGCACAAGCACGAAUAUUAUUAACACAAAAUGAUUGGGAUCUACAACGAGCAAUUAAUUCACAUUAUGAAAAUUCAAAUUUACAAGAUCAUUCAACUAGUACAGGAUCACGUAGCAAUUAUUCAUCUCAAACAUCUGUUAGUGGUAGUAACAGUGGUAGAUUUGAUCGUAAAAAAAUUGAACAAUUAUGGUCAAAUUAUUGUGAUCCACAUGAUCAGUCAAAAACAUCGAUAGAACAGUUAAUAUGUUUACUCAAAGAUUUAAAUUUUGAUCCAGGUAAUAAAUUUCGAAGUUUUAAAAAAAAAGAACAGAUAAUUCCAUUUUCUCAUAUUUUAGUUGAUCGUGAAACACUAGUAUUAUGUUGGAAAUUGAAUUGUGAAACACAAGGAGAAAUAAAAAAACAAGAAUUUUUGAACGGUAUGAAUGAAUUACAAUGUGAUACACUUGAUAAAUUACGUGAGAAAAUAAGACAAAUCAAUCGUGAAAUUGAUUAUGAUAAUGAAAAAUUUAAACAAUUAUAUCUGUAUACAUUCAAUUUUGGACGCUCAUCAACACAAAAGAAAAAUUUAGAUCGUAUACCAGGUAUUCAACGUCCUUAA